UAAAAAUGCCUCCUCCUAAUGAUUGCCACCACAACCCAAAUGAAAAUGAAGUGGAUUCCCUCACCAGUCCUUUGAACUUUUUGAAUCAGAAGUACCAGGAGCUUCACCAGAAGUGUCUGACUGAAAACAUACUGUACAGCGAUGAGUUGUUCCCUCCAGACAACAGCUCCAUUGGCCUGUUUGAUGAAAUUCCUCCAGAGGUGGACAUGUCCCAGAUUGUCUGGAAGCGGCCAUCUGAAUUGGUGUCGGACCCUACCUUAAUUGUAGAUGGUGUGUCCAGGUUUGACUAUGCACAGGGGAGUGUAUUAGGAAACUGUUGGUUUUUGGCUUCAGUCGGAGCUCUAACCUUUGAGAAAGACAUCAUGAAACAGGUCCUGCCAGCUGAACAAUCAUUCACCAAGGAUUAUACUGGGAUAUUUCAUUUCAGGUUCUGGCGGUUUGGAAAAUGGAUUGAUGUUGUUAUUGAUGACCAGCUUCCAACUAUUGAUGACGAACUGCUUUUUGUGUGUUCAAAAACGUCUAAUGAGUUUUGGCCUGCCUUACUGGAGAAAGCUUAUGCCAAGGUGUGUGGGUCCUAUGCUGACUUGAACGCUGGCUUCAUUUCUGAGGCCCUAAUGGACUUCACUGGUGGGACGCAUAUGUAUUAUACACUGAAUUCAGCUCCUGCUGACUUGUGGAAAGUCCUGGAAUGCGCAUUUAUAUCAAAGACACUUAUUGGUUGCGGUUCCAAUACAGAGGGCUCACCUGAAGAAAAUGAGUUACUUCAUGGCAUAAUUGCAGACCAUGCUUACACUGUGACAGGGGUAUUUGAGCUAAUGAGUGAGGAAAACCCAGUUCAGCUGGUGCGACUGUUAAAUCCAUGGGGUGAAGAAGAGUGGCAAGGAGACUGGAGUGAUGAGUCACCUUUGUGGGAGACAAUUUGUGAGGAGGCCCGCAAAUGUUGCCGUGAAAUUUUAAAUGAUGGGGAGUUCUGGAUGUCAAUGGAAGACUUCACCAGACUUUUUGAAAGCAUAGAUAUCUGCUGUCUCUGUCCUGAUUUUCUGGAUGGUUCCUCUGACUGCCACUGGACCUCCAAACGGCAUUUUGGCAGAUGGAAUGCAGAGAAAUUCUUGCACAACACAUUCAUACACCACCUUACAGCUGGUGGUGACAUCAUUAAGACAGAGACUUUCUGGAAGAACCCUCAGUUUCGGGUGACAAUUGAUGAGCUUAAUGAGGAUUGUGCUAGUGGGCAGCGCCCUGAAAAUAUACUGGUGUCCCUGAUGCAGAACCAUGAGAAGAGAAACAGAAAUAGCCAAGAAAAUUAUGACAUUGGCUUUUAUGUCUUUGAGGUCAACACAUUUCAAUAUUUUUUCUUUAAGAUGAGACAUCAGAGCGAGAGGUUUGCGAAGGAGUUUUUUGCUGAUAGAGAGCCCGUUGCAAAGACUGAUGAUUUAGUUUGGUUGAGAGAGGUUAUGAAAUUCUUUAAACUGGAGCCAGGGGAGUACCUGAUCGUGCCCUGCACAAAGAAUCCUGGUGAAACUGCCUCCUUCGUCCUGUCUGUCUUCUCAAAGCAUGAAACACACUUAGAGCAAAUUCAAGAGACUACUGAGUAGAAUGGAGAUGUUUUUUGGAGAGGGUGCGGGGCAGAGCCAGCACUGCACUGCAUUCCACUCCACUUUUAGAAACGCACUCCAGAAGGUCCUUUCCCUUGUUCCCUCUGGGGAAUCCCUGCCUCCAUUUUCAAGUGUGUCCUACUUCAACAAGUGUACGAGGGGAGCUGGACAUAUCUUCAAUCCCAAGGAAGCAAGUCAGCUUCCUAUGUCCACUUCAGCACCUUGUCCCUAAAUGCCAUGCGAUUGUGAAAUCACAACAGUGUUGUUCCCAUAUGCUCAAGUGUGCAUUCCAUUUAAACCCAUUCAAAUGUUCCAUCAAUAGUGGACACUUACUUAAUGUAAUCGAUGGGAUACAUUCGAGGGAAUGAGAUGGAGUGAAGAGCAUAAAAAAUUGGACUGGAAUGCAGCCCCAGCCCUCAACUGAUGAAGGGGCUUUGAUAUAUACGAUCAGAUGAAUGCAUAUUGUACUCCCAGCUAAAUAACAUGGUACAUUCCUUAACCUUUAACGUGCCAUAAAACAAACAUCUCGCUGUUACAACAACAUACAUUUGAUCUAUUAUGCUACAUACAGAUGGCAGUGCUGUGAAAAAUCUUGAAAAUAAAAUAAUUUUAUUAAAAAUAAAACUAGACCUACAUAUUAGAAAACACACAAAUUACAGGUUUAUAAAUAGAUCAUUAAAUGUGGACAAAAUAAAACACAAGUUUUAAUUCUAAUAUGAGGAGCGGCCACAUUACCUCAACAAAAAGCAGUUUAUGUGUGCGCAACCAUACAAGUUUAUUUAACGGAAUAACAACCUGACAACUGCAAGUAACCACUGUAUAUUUCAAAACAGGCUCAUUCUGAUUGCAUACCUCUAUAUACAUUUCUGGAGAGCGCCAUAUACAGUACAUGCCAGGAGCUACGUUUUUUUGCAGCUUUUGUUUUUGCGAAUCCUCCAGAGGCUGCUGUGUACGCUUUUUCAGAUCUCAAAUUUUCUGCUGUUCUUGAGUAAAUCCACCAGAGGCCGCUGUCAACACUUACUGACUGACCAACCGACUAGUCAUUUUUUUGUCACUCCUUUGAGGAGUUAAUUCAAGCCUUCACACAGCAGACACACACACACGCACGCACGCACGCACGCACGCACACACACACACACACACACACACACACGCACACACACGCACACACACACACGCACACACACACGCACACACAGUGUGUGUGUUUAAUUUUGCACUGUUUUUGCACAGAAAAUGUGACAGGAUACACGUUAAUAUCCAGUGCUGUAUGGAUAUUUGUUAUGUUAAUGUACAAAAUAAACCGGAUUUAAC